GAUGAGAGGUCUGGAAGUUUGCAGAUAUUCAGCAGCGGAAGCUCACACCCUAGAGGAUAUGAAGAGUUUUCCCUAAACAUACCAGCUGCUGCUGGUGGUAUUAUCAUCAUUAAGUUGUGCUGCUAAACUUUAACAAGGCGUGUUGUUUGAUCCUAAUUAGCAUCUGGCAGAUUGGGGAUACAACUCUGAGCAAAUGAAAGGCUUUAGGUGCUUCACAUGUUCAUCAGUUUUAUGUUUCAGGGGGGAAAAAAACUCAGAUCCGGAUCACUGAGCAUCUUUUACUGUCAGAUAAACGGACUGAUACUUGCUCCUCGAAGGAGGGGUCAGGGAGAAAAGAAGGACUUCCUUUCUAUAGGAAACUUUUCACAUCUAAUUCACAAAGAGGUCCAGACAGAGAGAGAGAAGGAGGGAGGGAGCUGCUGACUCAGGACUUUCCCCCUCCUCCGUCCCCGUCUUCUGAGCGGUGUGAAGCGGCAGCGCAGACGUGAACGAGUUACAGCCAUGUCGGGCAUCCUCCUCCUGCUCCUGUCCUUAUCCUGCCUGGUGGCCACGGUGCCUCCUCCAGUCCCCUGCAGACACUGCUGUGAUCACCUGGAGCCAGCAGAGGGCAGCGGCGCCCAGCCAAGUAGUUAUGCCCCUGAGGUCCGCACAUACAUCAACAUGACCAUUCUGAAAGGUGACAAAGGAGACCGUGGUGAGAGAGGCACACCAGGCAAAGCUGGACUUGAAGGACCUCCAGGCUCUAUUGGGCCAGUGGGAUCAAAAGGCUCUAAGGGUCAGGCUGGUCUCCCAGGAGACCCCUGCAAAGUCCAGUACUCUGCUUUCUCCGUUGGCCGUCGAAAAUCCCUUCACAGCCUGGACUCCUAUCAGGCGCUUGUGUUCGACACGGUCUUCGUUAACCUCGACGACCACUUCAACAUGUUCAAGGGAACGUUCGUCUGCCACAUCCCAGGCAUCUACUUCUUCAACGUCAACAUCCACACAUGGAACUUCAAGGAGACGUACCUCCACAUAAUGCAGAACGACACAGAGCGGGCGAUUGUGUACGCUCAGCCCAGCGACCGCUCAAUCAUGCAGAGUCAGAGCCUGAUGCUGGAGCUGGAGCUGAACGAUGAGGUGUGGGUCCGCCUGUACAAGAGGGAGAGAGAGAACGCCAUUUACAGUGACGAUGUAGAUAUCUACAUAACGUUCAGUGGAUACCUCAUCAAGCCCAGUGAAGAGAAGGAAUGAAUCGGCCGAGUAUUACUGUACCCGGUCGAGCUCGAAAGCAAUUUACCACAAAACUGUCCUUGUAGAUAAACACAUACUCAACAAGAUAAAAAUGUUUAUAUAAAAAGAAAGACUCCUAGCUUUACCAGAUUUCACUGGUGGGCUGAAAAAAUCCACACAACACUGUAAAACCCAAUAACACUUUGUUAAUAGUAUAAAGUUAAAACAUUUGUUUUACUAGUAUAAAUUUAUACUCAUUUUAGGUUCAAGAAGAGCCAUGCACGUGCAUUCAGAUUCAAAAUUUCAAUAUUAAUAUUAAGAAAAUAUGAAGUCGUCACCGAUUUAAGAAAACAAAACAAUACAUUUAACGAAAUCAACAAAUAAUGAGUUAAAUAUUAAAUAAUUUAAAUGCUGCACAGCAGUGAGUGGCCUAACUAAAUAAAAUGGGCAGUGUGCUUUCUGCAGUAAGUAUAAAAAAAACAAUCACCACAUGUUCACACGUCAACUGCACAGAAAAAACAGCAAGAUCUGUCAAGAAGUCUCAAGUGGCCUCUACCGCUUAGAUCUACUGCAUGCAAGAAGCAGUGAGAAAAACCACACCAGCUCUCUGCAGUGCUUCCACCGUCUAGUCAAACAUAAGGCUCUGGGGCCAGAAUCGGCCCAGCGAAGACUCGAUUCCGGCCCACUGGACGGCUUUAGUAAAUGUAAGGAGUGCAUAAAUAUUUAACUUUUAACUGUAUUUCCAUAAGUUUUACAGCUUUUCUUAUUGAUAAAGACUGGCAAUGGGGGUGGGCAGUCUUUAUCAAUAAGAACAGUUUUUAACUAACAGAUAAACGUUCCUGUUGUUCCACUAAGUCCACUCUAAAUGAAUGACAAUAAUUAUAGGACAGUGUGUGCAAUGAACUAUCGUCAAAUUUUGUGUCAUUUUACACAAUUAUUAUGUCGUUUGACUGCUUUGACCCAAAGAUCAAAGCAGGCUGCAUGUGGCUCAAUAGAAUGAGUUUGAUAUCGCCGGUCUAGAACCAAAAAAAGCAAAGAAAAAAAAAGGGUUUGGCAACCCUAAAACCACAUCAGAUUGGUAUCUACAAGGGCAAUGCUCUGUAUCACUAUUAAAAAAAAAAGAAGAAAAACUUGAAUUAAAUAUCUUUAUCUCAGGGAGGAAAAAAUAAAACCAUUUAAAACAGGAUACAUCAAACAAUAGGUGUGCAAUAGCCUAGGCCCUGAAAUCUGUCUUUAGAUUAGAUUCACAUUUCAACAGGUAUCACAGGAUACGGUUGCAGGGUCUGCUUUGAGCUUCUGACAGGAGUGUAACAUAAGCCCUUCUUUUCUUCAGCCGGGGGCUCAAAGUCAGUCUGACUUUGGAAAACCAAGACGAUCAGUCGCAUCACCUCCUUGCACCAACGACUCUUAUACUGAUCCAGCGUCAAUCAAACAGAUUCAUUGCUUUCAGCUGUGCUCAUAAAAGGAAAAAAAUGACUGCCCACACCUGCCUGCAAGAGAUGGUGCUUAGUCUAAGCUCUCACAAAUGUGAAAAAUGCACAUUAGUUAGCUUUACAGGUGACUGUGGGCAGAUUCUGUUACCCUUACCUAAAGGUGGGGGGACUGUUUCCACUGUGCUGAGCUAAGCUGGCAGCUGUAGUUUCAUAUUUGCCAAAUGAGAGAGGUAAAUAUAUUCUUAUGAACCCCACAGCAAAAAAAAAAAAAAAGAAAGAAAAGUUUGCAUUAUAUAACAUUUUUUACCCACAAAGCAGUUUCAUUGUGUUU